AAAAGUGUCUUUAGUUCCCGGUCACCUGAGCGCCCACGACGCGCUCGCGGGAGCCUCGCGGAGUCACGCCUGCCGCACCUCGGGUCCCGAGACCCUGCCCCCGCCCCCCUCCGCCGCGGCGAGCCGCUCGCCCCCACCCAGGCUCCGUCCUUCCCGCUGUCCUUUCCCGAGAGCCCGGCCGGACCGAACCGGGCCGAGCUGGGCCGCCCCGGCGCGCCCGCCCGCUCACCAUGGCGUCCCUCUUCAAGAAGAAGACCGUGGACGAUGUGAUAAAGGAACAGAACCGAGAGCUGCGAGGCACUCAGAGGGCUAUAAUCAGGGACCGAGCAGCCUUGGAGAAACAAGAAAAACAGCUGGAAUUAGAAAUUAAGAAGAUGGCCAAGAUUGGUAAUAAAGAAGCUUGCAGGGUUUUAGCUAAGCAGCUUGUCCAUCUACGGAAACAGAAGACAAGAACUUUUGCUGUAAGCUCAAAAGUCACGUCUAUGUCCACACAAACAAAAGUGAUGAACUCCCAGAUGAAGAUGGCCGGUGCUAUGUCUACCACUGCAAAGACAAUGCAGGCAGUCAACAAGAAGAUGGAUCCACAGAAGACACUACAAACAAUGCAGAAUUUCCAGAAGGAAAACAUGAAAAUGGAAAUGACUGAAGAAAUGAUCAAUGACACCCUUGAUGACAUCUUUGAUGGUUCUGAUGAUGAAGAAGAAAGCCAGGACAUUGUGAAUCAAGUUCUUGAUGAAAUCGGAAUUGAAAUCUCUGGAAAGAUGGCCAAAGCACCGUCGGCUUCCAGAAGCUUACCGUCUGCCUCCACCUCAAAGGCAACCAUCUCUGAUGAAGAGAUUGAACGGCAACUCAAGGCUUUGGGGGUAGAUUAGAUCACCAAGCCAUACUGUUGCCACUUUCUUACAAUUAUUUGACCUACAGUGGGUCCAGUGCAGAUUCCUUUUACAAAACGCAUUCAUUUUGCAAAAAUGAAGACCAUGAGUGAACAGUUGUUUCCUGACCCAUGGCUAUUUUGAACUUUUUGCCAAAGAAUUCCAGUGACACAAAAUGGGAACAGUUUGGUUGUUGACUAGAACCACGAAGGUCUGAUGAUGUAUGCAAACUGAGUUCUUUCUGCAUGGCGUAGAGAAGUGGUGUCAUUACAUAGUGUCGGGGUGUGUUCUAAAUCUUUUUACACCGAAAUCAGAGUUCUUGUUAAAUGCCAUUAGGCACCAACUUAAAGAGACUUGUAAACAUAUUAAAGGUAUAUCAUUAAUUCUGUAUCUGUUGCGUGUCCUUUGUAGACAGUUAUGUUAGAACCACAGGCAGUGCAGCUGCCAAAUUAUUUUUAAAUCAUCUAAAGAGUGCUAUUUAAACAUCUGUCUUAAAAACUGUCAUGAGCUUUUACUUUUCUUCCAUUUUUCCCCCUUUGGGAGAACAUUCUAGUUGGUAAGUUUAUUACCUUUCAAAAUGUGCUUGGCACCUGCCUUAAAUAGCACAAACAUAUUGUGCACAUCUUUAAAUUAUUUUAACUGGCAAAAAGAGAAUUACAUUUUAAAAUAAAACUGAGACUUCGAACAGUUACCCAAGCUGUGUUGCAAAGCUUAUAAAAGUGAAAUGGAUAUAAUUGGCAAAAUGAAGAAAGAAGAUGCUGAAUUAAUCACAUUUUAUAGUAAUGAAACCACACUUUGGUCUUUCUUCCAAGAACUGAGACUUUCUCCAUAUGAAUUAUAACUUAGUCUGUGUUGAAUUUUGAAUUGUAUUAAUAUACACAUUAAAUCCUCUAAAUUGAAGCCAUUCUUCUAAAUGAAGUACUACUACAAUGACAAUACUUGACCUAGAUUUCUAAAGUAAGAGCAUUUUUGUUUUGCUUUGUUUUUGGUAAAUAAACUACAACUUUGUCAGAACUCGCUGCCUAAAUUGCGUCAUUGUUUUAGCAGUAAUUUGAAAAGUGAGUUAGCUAUGUCCUAUAGACAGCAGGAGAAAGGGACGGCUCCACAGAGUUAGAAGUAGAAUUUAGAAUUAGGUUAGUUUUGAAGAAUGAUGUUGUAAUAUAUGGAUUCUGGCACAUCCCAACACAGAAACUGGAAACUCCGAUCAGUGUAACCUGUCUAAUCCCAGGGGUUGGACCUUUGGGCUGGUGGAAAACAAGGCAGACACAUACUGUGACUUUAGAUAUGGCACAGAUAGUGCAAGGAGCAGAAGCUUCGCCAUCUGCUUCAGAAUCCAUAAGCAUCUUGUGUUCAGAGAGUAGUAACAGCACUGAUGGUCUCAAGUGUACAAUUCAAGUUUUCCCUGAAGGGGAAGGAGUUCAAACAUCGUACUGUAUUGCACCCAAACCUGUUUUGGUUGUACAUAGUAAUGUUGUCUAACCUAAUUUACUUUCUUGUUUACAUGUGGGAUCUUUGAGUUUUAAGAUUAUUUUUGUCUUAAAAAAUCAAUAAACAUUUAUUGUUCUUA